AUGAAAUUUACCAAGCCAAGACCUAGAAAAGAUUCCACCUUCGAUAAAAUUGAAGAACACCCUGAUAAGGCCUUGGCUGGUAAAGUGAGUGGUGGAAGAGGGAAAAAGGCCAUGAAGAAAAUCUUUCAAGGCAUUGAAAAACUCCAAGAAACCGAAAAUUUGGAGGAAACUCAGAUGGACUCGAAAAAUGUUAAAUUCACUUUUGUACUUGGUGAAUUGUGGGAAAAUGCAGUCUUUGAAAAUGUUGUAGGAGUUCAGGAAGAUUCAGAGGUGGCCAAGAAAAGUUUGGAGAGUAUUGAAUUUGAUAUUCCAUUUGGGGAGGUUGAAAAUGAAGGGAAAUUGAAGAAAAUGCCAUGGGAGAGAGAUGAGAAAAUGGUGAUUAGGAGGGUAAAAAAGGAGAAAGAGGUUACCACUACUGAGUUGGUUCUUGAUGGAGUAUUACUAAAGAGGUUGCAGGGCGAGGCUGCAAUGACGAGAAAAUGGGUGAAGGUUAAGAAAGUUGGGGUGACUUGA